AUGGUUAAGGAGCCGCUGUUCGUGACUUCUUUGUGUGCACCCAGUUACGGAAACGUGCAGCCGAUUACAAAAGACAUUUAUCAUACUAACCUUUGCAUGCCGGGAAAAAUCUAUAUUCAUUCACAUGUCGGCACGCACAUAUCCAUCGCGUACACAUAUCUAUCUAUCUAUCUAUCUAUCUAUCUAUCUAUCUAUCUAUCUAUCUAUCUAUAUAUAUAUGACAGAGAUCACAAAGAAAUUCCAUUAGAACAUAAGACAGAUAAUCUUACUUUUUUUCUUACUCUCCCUCUGUCACACUCUCCCUCUGUCACCCUCUCUCUCUGCCACCCGCUCUCUCUCUCUCUUCCUUCUCCUGCAACCUUUUCUCUCUCUCUCUCUCUCCCUCUGCCACCCCUCUCUCUCUCUCUCGGUCACCCUCUCUCUCUGUCUUCCUUCUGCAACCUUCUCUCUCUCCCUCUGCAACCCUCUCUCUCUUCCUCGUCCGCCCUCUCUCUCUCUCCCUCCCUCUGCCACCCUAUCUCUCUCUCACUCUCUCCCUCUGCAACUCCCUCUCUCUCCCUCUUCAACCCUCUCUCUCUCUCUCUCUCUCUUUGA